AUGGCGUCUUACGGUUGCAGAAUUCACGCUACACCCCUCGUCAACGUAUCAAAGCCUUCUUCUUUCUCACGAUUCUCAUCCGUGAAUGUCCGUUUUCUUCCCUCCAGUUCACUCCGUCAGCUUCGUGCAAUGGCGACCAAUUCCGACGUCUCUUCGCCAUUCAGGAAAGUCCAGAUUGAGAGAGAUAACUCGACAUUUGAUGCCUAUGUGAUCGGGAGAGAUGAUGCUCCGGGGAUUGUUGUGCUUCAAGAAUGGUGGGGUGUUGAUUUUGAGAUCAAGAAUCAUGCCCAUACGAUUGUCGGGUUCGAUAAGGGCUACAAAGCAUUGAUACCAGACUUGUACAGAGGGAAGGUUGCUCUAGAUGCUGCUGAAGCUCAACACUUGAUGGAAGGUCUUGACUGGAAAGGCGCGGUGAAGGAUAUUGAAGCCUCUGUCAACUGGCUCAAGGCAGAAGGUUCUGAGAAGGUUGGUGUUACUGGUUUCAGCAUAGGUGGUGCCCUAGCUAUUGCAAGUUCUGUAUUGGUCCCGGGGAUUGAUGCUGUGGUAUCUUUUUAUGGAGUGCCUUCGCGUGAGCUUGCGGACCUCACCGAAGCUAAGGCACCCGUGCAGGCUCACUUUGGUGAACGUGAUACGUUUGCUGGAUUUUCGGAUUUUGAGACUGCAAAGAGUUCAGUAUAUGAACUGAGGUGCGGUGGUAAAACAGAGGUGUUCAUUUAUAAGGGAGUCGGGCACGCUUUCAUGAACAGGUCCUCUGAAGGGAUUGAGAGAAAGAAAAGGAUGGGAAUAAAUGAUGAAAAUGCUGAAGCAGUAAGUCAGUUGGCCUGGCUCCGUUUUCGUGCGUGGAUGGCCCGUUUCUUAUGGGGCUGCUGA